AUGCCCAAGUAUGCAAAAUUCAUGAAGCAAAUUCUCACAAAGAAAAAGAAGUACACGGAUGAAGAGACAGUUGUGCUUGAUGCUCAUUGUAGUGCAAUUAUUCAAAAAACUCCCCCAAGAAAGGAAGCCGAUCCGGGACGAGUCAUUUUACCGAUCACCAUUGGAGGUAACUACAUUAGUAAUGGUUUGGUUGAUUUGGGGUCUAGCAUCAAUUUAAUACCUUUAUCCGUUGUCAAGAGAUUGGGGAACAUUGAGAUGAAACACACCAGGAUAACUUUGCAACUAGCCGAUAAGUCUAUCAUUUCACCAUAUGGAGUUGUACAAGACAUGCUAGUAAAGGUUGACAAAUUUUUGUUCCCGGUUGAUUUUGUGGUAGUCGACAUGGAGGAGGAUCUGAGGGUGCAAGAUAAAGAGGUAAUUUUUACUCUUUUUGAGUCUAUGAAGCCUCCUAAGGAUGAACAUGACAACUUUCGAAUCGAUAAUGAAAAAGGAGAAAUCAUUGAGGUGGCGAAUCAAUUUCACAAGGACAAGGAGAAGGCAAAUCAUGAGGGAAAGAAUCAUCACAAAAACUUUGAAGUUGGACAAAUGGUGCUAGUGUGCAAUUCAAGACUCAAGGUGUUUCCUAGUAAAUUAAAGUCAAAGUGGUCGGGGCCAUUUGUUGUGAAAGAGGUGCGAAAUUAUGGAGCCAUUGUGGUAGAGGACCCUAAAACACAAGAAAGCUGGACUGUAAAGGAACAAAGACUCAAAGGCUACCACGAUGGAUAA